AUGGCGAGACGGUUCGCGUCGCGAGUGCGCGCGCGCGCGAGCGUGCGGACGCCGGGCGCGGUGGCGAACCCGUUGGCGACGCCGACGUACGACGACGUGCCGGAGGGACGCGAGCGAGACGCGAAGGAACCGAUCCGAUUGAAGAUUGGUGACGAGUGGUACGACGCCCGUGGGUGGGCCAAGGCGCACCCGGGCGGUGAGCGUUGGAUUCACUUCUUCGACGGGCGCGAUGCGACGGAUAUUUUCUACGCGCUGCACUCGUACGGCCCCAACGGGAGCGACUUGGCGCUGCGGCGUCUGAGUAAGCUUCCUCGGUGCGAUCCGCCCAAGGAUAUGAGCCGAAUGCCGAGCAAAGAGUCAUACGCGGUGAUCAGCUCGUUCGGUGAGCUCCGCGACAAGCUCGCAGAGGACGGAUUCUUUAAGCGAAACCCCGUGAAGGAGGCUUGGGCGCUCUUCCAAGUGGUCGCGCUCUACGUGAGCGGCACCGCCGUCGCGUACUCUCAUCCGUUCAUCGCCACCAUUUUGCUCAGUCUCGGGAUGCAACAAGCGGGCUGGCUGGGCCACGACUACGUCCACGGUCGGGGACCCUGGUGCGACCUCAUGCGAUACAUGCCCACGUUGCUCAACGGGCACUCGGUGGAGUGGUGGAUGCAAAAGCACUCCAUGCAUCACACGUUCACCAACGAGGAGCACCUCGAUAACGAUAUCAUGAUGGAACCGUUCUUUUAUCUCAGAGAACCGUCGGCGUCGGGACGUCCGGACCACCCGAUGCGAAAGUAUCAGCACAUCUACGGCUAUCCUCUGCUUUCCAUCAUGUUUUGGCUCUGGCGAUUCCACUCCAUCACCACGGCGUGGGGAAGAAAGGAUGUCAAGGAGCUCGCGAUGAUCGGGGUGAACUACCUCUUCUUGGCGACAAUGAUGCCGUGGCAGGUGGCCGUCGGCUCUAUCUUCUUCAGUGGCUUUCUCGUCGGCGCUCUCGUGAGCGCGACGCACCAGAGCGAAGAAAUUAUGGAUUUUGGCGAGGGUGCGGAGUACGUCGAGGGCCAAUUCCGCUCGACGCGCGACGCUGAAUGCGUCUUUGGGGGGCUCGAAACUUGGCUGUGGGGUGGUAUGGACACACAAUUGGAACAUCAUCUGUUCCCGACGAUGCCGCGGUACCACUACCACAAGCUUCGGCCGCUCUUAAAGUCUUGGGCCAAGGCGAACGGGAUCGAGUACCGCUCCUCGCCGAGCACGACCAUCAUCAGCGACAACUUCAAGACGCUCUUCCGAGUGGCGAAGGCGGCGUGA